AUGGCCAUAACUCGGCCCAAAGUGAUUUUGCAAGAAAACGGAUAUCACUUCACAAUAGUAAGUCGAGGGUUCGUUAUCGAAUGGUCUAAAAAAUGUAUCAAAUUAUCAGUGCAACAUAUCUUUGAUGCCAUCAAUUUAAAUACUGUUUGUCAAAUACGUGCUCAUGAUAGUGUUUUGGCUGCUGUUAAAUUUAACCCGGAAGGAGACAAACUUGCUACUGGAUCGGAGAAGGGAACUGUGAUUCGUGUUUUCUCAAUUCCUGGUGGAGAACGUCUAUUUGAAUUUGUCUGUGGAGUCAGUCGCUGUGUUCAAAUAAGCUCUCUUGCCUUCUCCCAAGAUUCUCGAUUUUUGUGUCAAUCAUCAAACACUGAAACUGUUCAUGUGUUUUCCUUGGCUAGACGUGAUCACCAAUUGGAGAGGGGAAAAUUUUUUGCGAUAGCUAAAUUGCCUAUAUAUGGACAUAAAACAGCUGUGGCUAUGCCUAAAAUUCAGGGAAUUGAUUACUUAAUUGUUGCGAGUAUGGAAGGCUAUCUUUUCUGGUACUCAUUGCCUACUUCUAGCGAUGUCAGUGAAUGCAAUCUUCUACGCCAGUACAAAAUUGGGCCACAAGAACAACAACAAAAUUUGUCUUUAAAUAUUUGUGAAGAAGAUUCGCUUCCUGCUCCAAUUAAAGUGAAGAUACGUGAUUGUUCUACAAUGUGUGGACAAAGAGUUCAAAUUUUUGGUUUUGUACAUCGCUGUCGACAACAAAGAAAGGACUUGAUAUUUGUACUUCGAGAUGGGACUGGCUUUUUGCAAUGUGUUCUGAGUGGAUUACUUUGUCAAACUUCUGAAGCUUUAACAUUGACUACGGAAAGCUCUGUUUGUAUAUACGGAACGACGGCCCCAGGUGGUGUAGAACUCGUCGCCGAUUUUUGGACUUUAAUUCAUGGAGCACCGCCCGGUGGGAUCGACAAUGUGUUAAAUGCUGAGGCAAAUUCUGAUGUUAAUCUGGACAAUCGUCAUUUGUGCAUUAGAGGAGAAAAUUGUUCCGAAAUUCUUCGAAUCCGAGCGGCCGUAACGCGUGCAAUUAGAGAACAUUUUCAUUCUCGCAAAUAUGUUGAAGUAUGCCCUCCAACACUUGUUCAAACGCAGGUUGAAGGAAGCUCUACAUUUUUUUCCAUUGACUUUUUUGGUGAACAGGCUUAUUUAACUCAAUCGUCGCAGCUUUAUUUGGAAACAUGCAUUUCUUCUCUGGGAGAUUGUUAUUGUAUAGCGCAGUCUUAUAGAGCGGAGAAAUCUCGAACGAGUCGACAUUUGGCUGAAAACUCUCAUGUUGAGGCGGAAUGUCCAUUUAUUACUUUUGAAGAAUUAAUGAAUAAAAUUGAGGAUCUUGUUUCUGAUGUAGUUGAGAGGGUUUUGAGUGAUCCUGAAGUUUCUAAAUUAAUAUUACAACGAUGGAAAACGUCAAAGAAAAAAUUUCCUUCAUUUAAACGUCCUUUUCUUCGAAUGACUUAUGCUGAUGCAAUUGAAUGGCUGCGCAAAAAUAAUGUGAAUAACAAAGAAGGGAAGCCUUUUAAUUUUGGAGAAUUCAUUCCACAGGGUUCUGGACGGCAAAUGCUUGAUACAAUUGGACAGCCAAUCUUGUUGAAUCGUUUCCCAGCUGGCACCAAAGCUUCUCGUUGUGAAGAUGAAGACAUGAACACUUCUCGUUGUGAAGAUGAAGAAGGAAAGAAGAAGAAUUUGACAGAAUCUGUAAAUUUCUUACUGCCUGGAAUUGGAAAAGUUGUUGGUGGUUCAAUGAGGAUUUGGAAGGAAAAGGAAAUUUUGGAAGCUUUUAAAAUAACCAAAGUUGACCCUAAACAUUAUUAUUGGUAUAUAGACCAAAGGAAGUAUGGAGGAUGUCCACAUUUGAAUUGGAACGGUUUGUUUGUUGGUUAG